CGCUGGCCGCAGCUCAUUUGUCCAAUAACGGUGGCAGUAAGCGCCCGCAUCCGCGGUAUAAACAUAUAUUCAUAAAAUAUACAGUGAUGUUGAAGUACACAGUGAAAAAAUACUGCUCGGAGGGCAGCAAGCUUAACCAGAUCAUGGUGGCUGUAUUGAUGGUGCUGCCAGUAUUCUCAUACGGAACAGCUAUCGGUUGGAUGUCACCAAUGGGCCCUCGUCUCAUGUCUGAAGACGGCCCGGCAGCCGCCCCAGUACAUCCAGAUGUGAUUUCUUGGAUGGCGUCUGUCCCCUACCUCGUGGGGACUCCAGCUGUGUUCUUAUUCGGUUAUAUUGUCGAUAAUUUUGGGAGGAAGAAAGCGUUAAUGCUCACUUCUUUUUCUAUGGCUAUUUGCUGGGGCCUCAAACUGUAUUCAACAGAAACCUGGGCCCUAAUAGCUGCCAGAGCCGUAGUGGGCAUGGGGGUUAGCGGAUCCUAUGUCGUCACACCGUUAUACAUUAAAGAAAUAAGCGAAGACUCCAUCAGAGGGACUCUCGGCAGUCUUGUCGUGCUGUCACAGAAUUUGGGGAACCUGGUCGUCUUUCUUCUGGGAGAGUAUCUAUGCUACCAGGCCACGCUGUGGAUUCUACUCGCCAUACCACUGAUUCAUCUGCUGGUGUUUCCGAUCAUGCCGGAGACGCCAUCUUAUAUGCUGAAGACUGGGAAAGUAGAGGAGGCGAGAGAUGUUUUGGCGUGGCUUCGGUGUAAGCAAGUGACAGAUGCAUCAAUCGAGAGCGAAUUGCAGUUGUUGUUGAUGGAGUUGGAGCAAAGCAAGUCGGGAAACUUUUUCACAUCCCUUAAAACGAUAUUGUCCGACAAGUGCAUUUUCCGCGCGUUCCGUAUCACGCUGAUCAUCACACUCGCGAGGGAACUGUGCGGCUGUCUUGCUGUGCUGCACUUCGCUUCCAUGAUCUUUAAGGAGUCGAGUGGGGGCUGGGUGCUGACGCCGAACCAGCAGGCCGCUGUGCUGGGUGCUGUGCAGAUGAUCGGCUCUUGCACUGCAUCGAGUUUGGUGGAACGGACCGGCAGGAAGCCUUUACUAGGAUCAACGUGUCUAGUAUCAGGGAUAGCGCUGACGGUGCUGGGCGGGUGGUUCUUCGCGCGCACGACGCUGGUGGCGUGGGUGCCGGUCAGCGCGCUCUGUUUAUGCAUCUACUGCGACGCGGCUGGUCUGCAGCCAGUGCCGUUUGUUGUUAUGACGGAGAUGUUCUCGUUCCAACAUCGUGGCACCGUGACGUCCAUCGUAAUAGCGUUUACAAGCGGUCUGGUCUCCGUUCAGUUAAGGGUGUUCCACCCCCUGGCCACCACAGUGGGCCUCUACCUUAUCUUCUGGAUCUUCGCAGCCGUAUGCCUCGUCAGCACGGUGUAUAUCUUCUGGUGUGUGCCAGAAACCAAGAUGAAGUCCAUAGAAGAGAUCUACGAGCAACUGGGCGGCAGGGAAAAAGAUGAAGAGGCUGCGGUCACCAGGAUGUAAUUGCUUGGUUGCAGCAUAAGCGUUGUUCAUCCCUUGGCUUUAUAACAAUAGCCUAGCGGCUUGCCGCGGUUUGGCUCGGGUUAAAAUAUCCCCUGUAACCCAUGAAUAGUGUAUGUUUCUGUUAUUGAAAUAAUUAUCACGAUCGGAUUAGUACUAUCGAAGAUAACCCACUUCAAAAUAACUUAAAACUGUACCCAUCUAUAAUAUUAGUGUAGAACAUGUUUAACAUAAAACCUUACACAGAAUCAAAAACCUUACAAAGGCUUUAUGUCUUUUUAAAGCUUUUUUAUUCAGCCAUUCUUUUAUCUUAAUCAAUGUGGUAAAUGUCUGAUAUUGAUUUUAUUUGUAUGGUUCAAUAACAUUUACAUGCACGUGUAUCACCGAUAGCGUUCAAGCGAUCCACUAAAAUCGGAUAUAAAGCAUUAUUAUAUUGCGAUAUUCCGUGUAGGAAUUUGCUUCCAGCGGGAAUGUUUCUCUCUUCCUACUGAUAUGAAACGAAUUCGCAAAGUGCUUGAAGACCUAAAUAUUAGAAAACCUUAAAUAUUACGGGGAUUUAAAUAUCCAAAAAACUGUAUCGUCUAAACCUUUAAACCUCAUAUUUCUCUACAUCCCUAGUAGCUAGGUACUUUUUCUUUUUGUUAGGAAGUAAAUCUUAUGAUUAAAGAUUUAUUUUUAAAAAGAUAUAAAUAGUUAUAUGUAAUAUCUUAAACUUUUAUAAGUGACAACAUAUGCAAACUGUGCCAUAUGUGUAUUUAGAGACGAAAUUAGCAUAGAAUAAAAUAAGCCAGUCAAAUUAUUGUUAAACUUAGUAUUCCGAGCAUCAAAUGCAACAGUAUUAAGGCGUUCAAACAAACUCUAUAGCAUUAUAGUAAGGACUUUAAAACAAUUUACCUACUCUAUACAUAGCUUUUUUCAUUCAUAGAUUUUUUUUUAUAAUUUGUAAUUAUAAUUAUUUCAAUUAAUUGUAUACUUUAUAGUUAUUUAUAGUAGUGUUGUAUAAGACGAAACCAUUGUAUACUUAUUUAUGUUAGACAUUAACUUAAGUUACUUAGUUGUGAAUUAGAUAAACAAUUGUAUUAAAUAAAUUUAUUUAUUCAUAA